UAAACCAUUUUGCCGUCCUGUGAUUAUUUUUGGCUAUGUUGAAAUGCAACAAAUGUAUCACCUCCGCGCUCUAGAAUUUUGUGAAAGUCCCACGAACUUAUUUUUACACUGCGUUGCCAUGACACAAAGGUCGGUGCAGGGCAGGCUUGGAUUUUGAAAACGUGAUAAGAUAGACUAGAUUUCUAUCAGUGUUGUGACCAGUCGAAUACUCUCCACCCUAUUUUGUGAUAAACAGCAUUAACAGCCGGUAAUGGACCACAGCAAAUCAUCUUACUCAUCACAUCACUGUAUUGACCACAAGUCUCCUGAUAACUGUGGGCAGCAGCCAGAUAUUUUCUACACCACGCGCCUAUGUAAAAAGCUUAUCAAAGGGAAGGGAGACUUCGAUCUUACAGACCCCAAUGGGUACAAAUUAAGCACUGCCUACAACUGCCUCCAUGAUCCGAACCUAAAAACCUACUUGUACCGUAAAGAUAUUCAUAAGCAUCUCUUGAAGGAUGGAUUCAUUACUAAAGACGAAAAAGUCACAUGCAGUUUCAAAGAGUUCAACUCAUACCAGAAAUACCUUACAGAUGUACGGAGGGAAGUGGACCAUAGGUUUAAGAUGGAGCAGAGAGAGCUGGUGCACAAGAUACUCAUCCUGCAGCAGGAGGGCAGGAUCUCCCCAGACGUGUCUGUGCCUCACUUCAUUGAAUGGUUGGUUGUCCAUCGUCGGGACCAUGUCUGCAAUACUCGCCAGCAGCAGAUGCUCAAGGAGGUGGUGGAGGAUGUGCAGAGGGAGCUGAGGCUGGAGCGACGCUGGAAGCAUCAGCGAGAACAGCGGAUGCUUCCCUCGCAAGUACAUUAG